AUGUACAUCACGCUCUACUUCAUCGUCACCCGCCUCCCUGACUCUCUUAGCAUACUCAGAGACCUCCUUCUUGCCGUCGACCUCACAGACCUCACUGUCGACCUGCUCGAGAAGCACCUCCUUGCAGCUGAGACUAGCAUAGUCGCUGUAGGCGCUUCUCGUGGCACUCCUCGCACUCCCUCCUUUGAGGGGUGUUCCCCCUCCCCCCUUGUUCCCUAUGUCCCUUCUGUUGGUGCUGUUGAAUUCCUUCAUCCUGAGGAGGUCGGGGCUGCGUCUGCUCCUAUGGGAGUCUCCGCAGCGGCAGGGGCAAGGGAGGCCAGGGUGGUGGGGGUGGCAGCGGUGGAGGCGGUGGUGGGGGCGGUGGAGGCAAUGGAGGUGGUGGCGGUGGGAGUGGUGGUGGGAGUGGAGGCGUUGGUGGCGGCGGUAGUGGCAGCGGUAGUGGCGGUGGUGGCGGCGGGAGUGGGGGUGGCGGCAGUGGGAGCGGUGGCGGGAGCAGUGGUGGCGGUCGGGGUGGAGGUGUUCAGAGGGGAGGUUCUUGCGGUAGCCAGAGGCAGCAGCACCAGCGUCCGAGCGAGACCCCUUCGCCCUAGCAGCUUUGUGAGUGGUUUGCUCAGCGUGGGGCGUCUGGGGGUAGUGUUCGUUGCCCGUGCUUCCCACUGUUUCCUUUGCGACAGUACCACUGUCACACCACUCCCUGCACCGGUUGCUGUCAGAAUGGCUGACCCCUCAGAGGGCCCAGUUUUUGCCCGUUCCUCCACUGUUCUCCCGUGUCCGGCGGUUCCACUCUCCUUUGGCACCACCGCCUUGGUCACCCCUCCGUACCACGCCUUCGUGGCAUUCACUCUCAUCUCCUUGUCUCUAGUCUUCCCUGGUCUCUGCCUCCCCUCCCACCCUUGCCUGCCCCGCCAUGCCUUCUAUGUGUCGAGGGGCGGCAGCGCGCCGCUCCUCACUCCUCCUCGUUUCCCCCGAUGA